AUGAAGGACCUCAAGCAAACAACGAGCGUCCACUCCGUCGUCUCGACCGGGGCUGGCGCUGACGCCAAGCUUGCUUCGAUGGGCUACGACGCCGAGCUCAAACGUAACCUGAGCAUGUUCACCAUCCUCGGUCUAAGCUUCUCCAUCAUCGCGGCACCCUUUGGUCUCAGCACUGCCUUCAGCAUCGCUCUCACGUGCGGUGGACCUGUCACCAUUCUCUAUGGCUGGCUCGUUGUUUCAGUCAUCUCGCUCUGCAUGGCAUCAUCGCUCGCCGAGCUCUGCUCGCAAUAUCCUUCGUCCGGAGGUGUCUACGUGUGGAGCGCGUUCGUUAGCACCAAAAGGUGGGCACCCUUGACCUCGUGGAUCGUCGGCUGGGUCAGUCUUGUUGCCAAUUGGACGCUCUGCUUGUCAAUCAACUUUGGUGGCGCUCAGCUGAUUAUGGCCGCCAUCUCGCAAUUCCGCAACAACGAAUGGGCACCGCACGCUUGGCAAACCAUUCUCACGUUCUGGGCCUGCAUGCUUAUUGCCGCCCUCGUCAACGCCUACGGUGUCAAGUACAAUUACCUCGACCGUCUCAACACACUUUCAUUCUACUGGACCGCCGCGGGAACGCUCAUCAUUGCCAUUACGAUUUUGGUCCGCGCCAAGGACGGACGGAAAGACGCCGAAUUCGUCUUUGCCGGCUGGGAGAACACCAGCGGCUGGCCUGAUGGCUGGGCUUUCUUCGUGGGCCUGCUGCAGGCAAGUUACACGCUUACAGGCUACGGCACAGUGGCGGCGCUGUGUGAGGAGGUAGCAGAGCCCGAAAAGCAGGUUCCCAAAGCGAUCGUAUGGUCCGUCGUGGCGGCGAGCGUUACCGGUUUUGUGUAUCUGAUCCCGGUGUUGUUCAUUUUGACUCCGGAUGCGGCGGAUCUGCUUUCGGCUGCCGCUGGGCAGCCAAUUCCCGUGCUGUUCUCACUUGCGACGGGCUCGGCAGGAGGAGGGUUCGGGCUGCUCUUCAUCAUCUUGGGUGUGUUUGCGUUUGCCGGGAUUGGAUCGCUCACGGUGGCGCUGCGCUGCACGUGGGCGUUUGCUCGCGACGGCGCGAUCCCGGGCAGCAAGUACUGGGCCAAAGUCAACAAGACGCUGGAUCUGCCGCUCAACGCACUGCUCCUCUCCACCGUUGUCGUGUCUGUGCUCGGGCUGAUCUACCUCGGCAACACCGCCGCAUUCUCCGCGUUCACGGGUGUGGCUACGAUCUGCCUCAGCAUCAGCUACGGCAUCCCGAUCGCCGUCGCCAUGUUCCGACGCAGGGUGAUGCUCAAGGGCGCUCCCUGGUCGUUGGGCAAGUUCGGGUACGUGAUCAACAUGAUCACCUUCUUGUGGAUCGUGCUGGCGACCGUGCUGUUCUGCAUGCCGACGACGGCGACGGUAGAGGCGAGCACGAUGAACUACGCCUCAGUGGUGUUUGCGUUCUUCUUUGUGCUCAGUGCCGGGUGGUGGUUCGCGUGGGGCAGCAGGCACUAUGUGGGACCACUGGGUGCGGCACCGGAGGAGGCGGUAGCUCAUAUUCGUCCCGGUUACCACGUGUCGGCGGCCGAGCCUACGACGGACUCCAAGCCUACUGUCGAGGUCGCCAGCCAUAGCUCUGGUGAAACGUAG